AUUUUGCGAGGCAGCGGCAGUGGCGGCGGCGGCGGCGGCUGGAGCCUCUGAUUGGGUUUCGGGGUCCGGUACUGGAGCCAAUCAGCGCGGGCAGCGAACCGGGGGAGCGAGGCACGGAUUCCCUAGCUGGCAGCUGCCUGGGAUCUGUAGAGUGAAGCUACAGGACUCUUACGUGGCGGGGCCAUGGAGCAGUAUACGACCAACAGCAAUAGUUCCACAGAGCAGAUUGUGGUGCAGGCUGGCCAGAUUCAGCAGCAGCAGCAGGGUGGUGUCACUGCUGUCCAGUUGCAGACUGAGGCCCAGGUGGCAUCCGCCUCAGGCCAGCAAGUCCAGACCCUCCAGGUAGUCCAGGGGCAGCCAUUAAUGGUACAAGUCAGUGGAGGCCAGCUAAUUACAUCAACUGGCCAACCCAUCAUGGUCCAGGCUGUGCCGGGUGGACAAGGCCAAACUAUCAUGCAAGUACCUGUGUCUGGAACACAAGGUUUACAGCAGAUACAGUUGGUCCCCCCUGGUCAGAUCCAGAUUCAGGGCGGGCAGGCAGUGCAGGUGCAAGGCCAGCAGGGUCAGACUCAGCAGAUCAUCAUUCAGCAGCCACAGACUGCAGUCACCGCCGGCCAGACUCAGACACAGCAGCAAAUUGCUGUCCAGGGACAGCAAGUGGCCCAGACUGCUGAAGGGCAGACUAUCGUCUACCAGCCAGUUAACGCAGAUGGCACAAUUCUCCAGCAAGUUACAGUCCCUGUUUCAGGCAUGAUCACCAUCCCAGCAGCCAGUUUGGCAGGAGCACAGAUCGUUCAGACAGGAGCCAACACCAACACAACCAGCAGUGGACAAGGGACUGUCACCGUGACACUGCCGGUGGCGGGCAAUGUGGUCAACUCGGGAGGAAUGGUCAUGAUGGUGCCUGGAGCUGGCUCCGUGCCUGCUAUCCAAAGAAUCCCUCUACCUGGAGCGGAGAUGCUGGAGGAAGAGCCCCUGUAUGUGAAUGCCAAACAGUAUCACCGCAUCCUUAAGAGGAGACAAGCGCGGGCCAAGCUAGAGGCCGAAGGGAAAAUUCCAAAGGAAAGAAGGAAAUACCUCCACGAGUCUCGGCAUCGACACGCCAUGGCACGGAAGCGUGGUGAAGGGGGCCGGUUCUUCUCUCCAAAAGAAAAGGAUAGUCCUCACAUGCAGGAUCCAAACCAAGCUGAUGAAGAAGCCAUGGCACAGAUUAUCCGAGUUUCCUAACCCCAGGAGGGCGGCAGAGCUGAUGAGUCAUGUUCCUCUCCACUGUUUCCGCUGUUUGGAAAUGGCCGACUCUUCCAAUGGGACACUGAUGAUUGCACGCUGCCCUUGCUCAGGACAGGAACUGCUUAGCUCAGGAUUACAGCUGCAGUGCUGGCUGAUGAACUGGAGUUGCCAGCCUUUGUCUCACCCUUUCAUUCAGGACCUGAUUCAGACUGGCGGGGACACUGACCUUUUGUGAAUUUGGAUGA